UGGAGUCCAAAGAAAGAUACGUACCAGACGCUUAUCACUACACACGUGCAGCCCCACAAGCUGUCUGUACGCAGGCAUUAUGGCGGAUCAUAGGACCAUUGCUACAAGCUCUCGGAGCAGAGCAAACUCGAGCUCUUCCCAUGGCAGCACCGAUCUCUCGCUUUUCGCAGAACCUUCCGACUUCAGACCAGCUACGCCUCCACCCACAGCGGCGCAAUUCGCACUUCCAGCAGAUCCGCACAUGCCAGCAGCCGUAUCAGAAGACAUUGAGCUGAAUCUUGUCGGGUCUCAUCCGCUUUGGGGUCAUCACCUAUGGAACGCUGCUCCCGUCCUAUCCAGGUACGUGAAUGCGCACGCCGACUCGCUCGUGAGGAACGCAGACGUGCUGGAGCUUGGAGCCGCUGCCGGACUACCAUCUAUCGUAUGCAAGAAGCGGGGUGCAAGGACGGUGGUGGCAACUGACUGGCCUGACAACGAAUUGAUGGCGAAUCUCGAGGAUAAUUGCAAACCCCACGGUUGCAUUAGUCAGGGCUUCGUCUGGGGCACAGACCCCUCAAUCGUCACACAACACCUGGAUUCGGAAACCCGCGCUAGAACGAAGCGCUUCUCUUUGCUAUUGCUGUCAGAUCUCGUGUUCAAUCACCAAGCACAUCCCGCGCUUCUCAAGACGAUCAGCGAGACGCUUGACGAGGAGUCGUCUGCCCCAAGCGUAGGUACCGCCGACUCUGGCCACGCUCAAGACAGGAGCACAUCCGCGCAACCUUCCUUGGAUGAAUUAUCAGACGCUGGAUACUCGACAUGCCCGCGACUGCCCUGCGCGCUCGUCUUCUUCAGCCAUCACAGGCCACAAUUUGCGCUCAAAGACAUGCAAUUCUUCGAAAGCGCGAGAGAACAAGGUUGGGCUACUGAGGAGGUGGGAAAGUGGAGGAUGCCUCCCAUGUUCAAAGAUGACCCAGGCGACGAAGCCGUUCGAGGUACCGUACACGGAUGGAGGCUCUAUAAGCCAGCAGCAGCAGGGUGAUCAGUCGAGGAAGCCUCGGCGAACGACGGCACGGCUGAGAACUCUCUGUCGAUACCCGCCACGUCGCCCAAUCCCAACUCGCACUUCGGGGACGUGCAAACCUUCUUGCUGAAGGACGCUGGACUUGUUGCUCCAGCAUUUGCCGUAUUAGGCUUUGCGAACGAUCAGCUUUCGUCCUCAUUCAAAUCUAGCCAC